ACAUUCGGUGAUCAGCGGCGUUAGACAGGUACGCACAGCAUCCCGCUGGUUUCGGUGACAUCGCACAGACAGGGACUUUGGAUUUUGUCCGCGGAGACGUUGCUGUUGAGGACGUAUAACCCAAGACAUGUCUCCGUCAGUGCGCCUGCAGGAGAUGAUCCGGGUCAUCCGCAGUGCCCGCACGCAGGGCGAGGAGCGUGGGGUGAUCCAGAGAGAGUGCGCCGCCAUACGGGCGCAGUUCCGCCAGGCCGACAACGGGGGGCGCUCUCACAACCUGGCCAAGCUGCUCUACGUCCACAUGCUGGGCUACCCCGCCCAUUUCGGACAGAUGGAGUGUGUGCGUCUCAUUGCCAGUCCGCGGUACAGUGAGAAGAGGGUGGGGUAUCUGGGGGCCAUGAUGCUGCUGGAUGAGAAGCAGGAUGCCAGCCUUCUGAUCACCAACUCCAUUAAGAAUGACCUGUCUCACAGCAGUCAGUACGUCCAGUCCCUGGCCCUUUGCACUCUGGCCUGCAUGGGUUCAGCUGAGAUGUGCCGAGACCUGGCCCCAGAGAUCGACAGACUCCUCAGAGCCUCAAACUCCUACAUCAAGAAGAAGGCAGCACUUUGUGCGGUACACAUUGUGAGGAAGGUUCCAGAACUGGGGGAGCUCUUCACGCCGGCUGCCCAUUCUCUGCUGUCUGAGAAGAACCAUGGAGUCCUCCAUGGUGCUGUGGUUCUGAUGACAGAACUGUGUGAGCGCAGUCCAGAGACACUGGCCCAGUUCCGUAAGGCGGUACCAGAGCUGGUCCAGGUUAUGAAGGGUCUGGUGAUGUCGGGUUAUUCCCCUGAGCACAACGUGGCAGGGAUCAGUGACCCUUUCCUGCAGGUGCGCAUUCUCAGGUUGCUGAGGAUUCUGGGACGGAAUGACGAGGCAGCGAGUGAUGCUAUGAAUGACCUGCUGGCACAGGUGGCAACGAACACGGACAGCAGUAAGACUGCAGGGAGCGCCGUGCUGUAUGAGACGGUCCUUACAGUCAUGGACAUCAAGUCAGAGAGCGGCCUGAGGGUCCUGGCUGUGAAUAUCCUGGGGAGGUUCCUGCUGAACAAUGACAGGAAUAUUCGCUACAUCUCCAUGACGUCGCUGCAGAAGAUCGUGCAGACGGACCACAAUGCGGUGCAGCGGCACCGCGGGACGAUCGUGGACUGCCUGAAGGACCAGGACGCCUCCGUCAAGCGGCGUGCGUUGGAGCUGUCCUUGGCUCUGGUCUCCGCGGUGAACAUCCGCUCCAUGAUGAAGGAGCUGCUCCUCUUCCUCUCCAGCUGUCCGCCCGAGCUGCGGUCUCACGCUGCUUCUGGGAUCUUCAGUGCUGCUGAGAGGUACGCUCCCUCUCAGCGCUGGCACAUUGACACCAUCCUGCAUGUUCUUAUCACGGCAGGGGGCGAUGUGAGGGAUGAGACAGUGCCCAAUCUGAUCCAACUCAUCACCACGGCAACCGAUCUCCACUGCUACACUGUGCACAAACUGUAUAGAGCACUGGUGUCCGACAUCUCACAGCAGUCCCUGGUGCAGGUGGCGUGUUGGUGUAUCGGGGAGUACGGAGACCUGCUGCUGAGGGGGGAGUGUGAGGAGACCGAACCCGUGCAGGUGACAGAGGAUGAUGUUCUGGACGCCUUGGAGACGGUGCUACAGUCUCACAUGUCUGCCCCGGCAACCAGGGGCUUCGCUCUCACGGCAACCAUGAAGCUGAGCACCCGGAUCACGCACAAUGUGGACCGGAUCAGGAGCAUUGUCAGCAUCUACGGCAGCUGCAUUGAUGUGGAGCUCCAGCAGAGGGCAGUAGAGUACAACGCGCUCUUCAAGAAAUACGACCACAUGAGGGCUGCUGUGCUGGAGAGGAUGCCUGUGAUUGACAAGAGCUCCCCGGGACAUACCAAUGGAGAGGUGGCGGGGGGGACCAUCAAAGCACCCGAUCAAACCAAACUCACACAAGAGGAGGGGACGGUGACAGCGCAGCCUACAAACCAGGUAUGUGACCUUCUGGACCUUUUGGGUGGUUCUGAUGGGCCCUCACAGCCUGCUUUAGCCGAGCCUGGACCCACAGGUCCGGAUCCUGUCAGAAUCAGCACUGGGGGGGACCUGCUGGACUUGCUGGGAGGACUGGACCCCACCCCAGUGUCCUCUGUGACCGUCUAUGAGAAGAACGGUGUGACUUUGACUCUGCAGUGUGACAGCCAGACAGACACGGACGUCACCGCCAUCCUUACAGCCUCUAACUCCUCCCACAGCGACAUCACACAGUUCACCCUGCAAGCCGCCGUGCCGAAGAGUGUUCAGCUGCAGAUGAAAGCUCCGAGUGGUGAUGUCAUCCCUGCGUGUGGGUUAGGUCAGGUGACGCAGACGAUCCUCCUCCACAACCCCAACAAGGUGGGUCUGCGGAUGCGGGUUCGAAUUUCGUACUGCGCUCAGGGCACCACCUUUCAGGAAACGGUGCAAAUCGAUUCCCUCCCCACUGUGGCUUGCCAGUGACGGCUGUCAGUCAACACAAACACCUGUCAAUCAAUCUGUCUGUCAGGGCUCAACAUCAGCUGACCUUCGCACCUGGGAAUUCCGCUGCACCCGGAAUCUAUCACUCAACCAAUCAGAUCGCUCCGCUAUCCAACCUGGACUCCUGUCAAUCAACUGCUGUGUCAGCUGACACGUCAGCACUGUUCAGUGGUGGGCAUCCAUCAAUCGUGACAGCUGUCACUCAGUGACAGUCACCUGUUGAUGAAGCCUGACGCAAUCCAGAGACGCAGACCUGCUUGUCUGCUCUCCACCCCCAGGAUGGCUGUCAGUCACCUCCCACAGGAAGUUCACCACCUCUUCAAUCUGUGCAGCCAGCACAUCCUGAAGCCCGCUCUCAUUCCCGCCCCCUCCCCUCUGAAUCAUUGGCCAGCCCGACUGUCAAUCGUCAGUGAUGCAUCAAUCAACACUAAAAGAACAAGGUGGAUGUUGUAGAAUGGUCCAAUCCUGCGAGUCCACUCUGUGAAAAAUGUCCCGUCAGGAUACAUGCGUGUGAUGUGAGUGUGGACUUGCUGCAAUGUGAAAUUUAGACUUGUCACACCUGAGUGAGUUGUGUUACCUGUGACCAGAGAGGGGGAUCCUGAUUGGUCAGUGAGCUACACAAUCAGCAUUCCCUUCAGCACUUUGUUCCCACCCACCUUUACC